UUUGUGCGUCACGUCCGCCUGGGUGCGUUGGAGAGGGGCGAGAUGAUUCCACCGGUGGAGGUUUCUCCGCUUAUCAAGUUCACCAGGUAUUCAGCACUGCUACUUGGAAUGAUCUAUGGAAAGAAAAGAUAUGACUAUCUGAAACCUAUUGCUGAAGAGGAAAGGAGAAUAGAAGCAGAGGAGAAAAAGAAGCGUGAGGAAAUGGAACGAAUUGCAAAAGCACUGGCGGAAGCCAAUGAAGAUACAAUACUCAAAUAAAGCCUGCUCUGUCCUCAUCUUCACCUUCAAGAUUUGGUGUUUGAAACUUUGAAGUACAUAAUCUUAAGUGUCAAACAAACUUAUUUUAUUUGCAUCAAUAAAUAAUUAUGAACUCCACUCAAAAGAUUUCUUAAUGUGCAAGUACAAAUGAAAUAAGCUUCUACAGAUGUAGGUAGAUGUCCCUCAAAUGAGUGAUUUGCAGCAGUAUCUGUGAAAAAUGGAAGCAGAACCCAAUUUUAAGCUGCCAGUGCAAAGGAAAGAUUUGUCUCCUUGUGUUGCUCUAGUGAGCUGGCCUUUCCGACACAGUAGAGCAGCAGCAACAGUUGUCUACUCCAGUAGGGGACAUGAUUAGCCUGCCCAUUCAUGUACUGAAUAGAUUUCAGUUUGUAAUUUUCAGGAUUUUUCAACAUAACAGAUAGUUGGCAUAUAAAGACAUGCUGCUUAACUAAUCAAGCUGUGUUACAGCAGUGACUAAAACUUUUUGACACAGUUCGUAUGUAAAACUUUUCUAUGUCUUAUGUGACUGACUAUAAUAUUUUGGAAAAGUGGCAGUGACUCACAAAUUUCUGACAAACCUUUGUCAAAUAAAAACAAAGCAAACUUGCUGUAUUGAA